AUGACUCUCACCAACCCCAACCUCGAAGGGUACGCCGUCACCAGGGGCAUGUGGCUCUACUUCUACAACCCAGGGAAGAAGACGUUCGUGGCUCCCAAAAAGUGCUCUGGCUGCUACAACAACGAUCGCUUUGUUGUGUGGGCCGUGUCUGUGGCCGCACAGGCUGUUGUUGAUGGAGCAAGAAUCUAUCCUGAGUUGAAGCCGCUUAUCGCUCCUGCAAUCGACACUUUCCAGCGGUACAAGAACCCCCACACGAAGGGAUACUCUGCUGCUGAAAAUGGCGGCAACGAUACGGACAUUUACUAUGAUGACGAUGCUCAGGUGGCCAGUGCCAUGCUUACUGCGUACGAGGUGACGGGGGACAAAAGGUACUUGGACCAGGGCAGAGAGCUUGUGAGGUUCCUCAUGGGCGGAUGGCAUGAGGGCAUUGGGGGUGUCAAGUGGCAUGUUUCGAAAACGUACGUGAACGCAUGUACCACGGCUGAGGUGGCCAAGGCAUGCCUUCAGAUCUCGAAGUUCAUUCCAGACGAGGCGAAAGUGUAUGUGGAUUUCGCAGCCAAAUGCAUCGACUGGCAAAUCAAGACUCUUCAGGAUAAAGGCGACAAGUGUAUCAUGGACGGCAUUCAGCCGGACGGGAUGAAAAUCGAAGGUGGCAAGUUGACUUACAAUACGGGCACCACGUUAUCGUGUGCAGCCCACUUGUGGCACAUCACCAAGGACCAGAAGUGGAAGGAUAUUGCCGACGACUUGGCCAAGGCCUCAAUCGAUCCAAACGUGCCUUUCUACGAUAGAGACUACCCUGAUCACAAGCUUCGCUACUGGCGUGAUCCAAACUACUGGACUCAGUUGUUGAUCGAGGGUCUUGCCGACUACUUGUUGUAUGUGGGCAACGAUGCUCCCGAGGGCUUGCCCAAGGCUAUCCACGACGAGGUUUUGCGUAACAUCUUGAUGUACUACAAGUACGCCAAGGACCCCAAUGACGGCUUGUACAUUCAAACUUUCGAACCUCACGGUACCUAUCCGGAAAAGGCACAGCUCUACAAGGAAGAGUUUGGCGGGAAGAAGGAGUGCAAGCUCAAGGGCGAGGAUUCUGAUAAUGGCAAGCCUCAAAAGUGCUUGAUGGGUCUUGGUGCUGCCGCCCGUUGCUUCUUCCAGGCCGCCAGAAUCGUGCCUGAAAUCCAGUACAAUUAA